ACGUGUCGUGUUUUUAAAGAAUGUGUAAGUAGAAGGUAGAAACCUCUUAGCUCGGGUCUCAUUUGCCUCCUCAGACUUGACUGACACAAAAAUUUGACUCCCAAGACAAAAUUGAUUGGGUUUUUUUCUUCUGGAAAUUCCCAAUUCCAGUAACAACGAUUCCAAUAAAUCAGGAUCCAAAGGGAAGAACACUCCAAUAAAGGAUCCUCUAAACAUACUUGGCAGCCUAACAUGACUGCCGAUACCACGACCUUAAGCUACUGGUUGAACUGGAGGUUCUCAUUCUGUGCAUUGUUCAUCCUAACCUCAAUGGUUGUGGCAGCAAUUAUAAUCUGGAAAUUUGAAGGUCGGAAAAGAUCGGAAAAUCGAGAGGUAGAAAAUAGGAAGGAAUCUCCGGGGAUCUUAUAUGAGGAUGAAACUUGGAAAACAUGUCUUGAAGGCAUUCACCCUGCUUGGUUGCUGGGUUUCAGAGUGUUUGCUUUCUUAAUGCUUUUGGCAUUACUUAUGGCCAAUGCUGUCAUUUCUGGAGGUGGCAUAUUUUACUUUUAUACUCAGUGGACAUUUACUUUGGUCACAAUCUACUUUGGGUUUGGAUCGGCAGUCUCCAUAGAUGGAUAUCGAAAGCACUGCAGAAAAGCUUGUGGCGAUAGGUCCAAUCACAUUAGUUUAGAUUCUGAGCAAGGCACCUACGUACCUCCCACGAUUGAUGAAAUCGCAGAUGUAUCAUCCAACCAGUCCAAACAUUUUGAUCCCCGUGAAGCUCCUUAUCAUCCUUCUAUUGCAGGUCCAUGGACUUAUGCGUUUCAAAUUAUUUAUCAGAUUUGUGCAGGUGCAGUAAUGCUCACUGAUUCAGUAUUUUGGCUGAUCAUUUUUCCGUUCCUAAUGCCCAAAUAUCGCAGCUUGAAUUUUAUUGUUGUCUGUAUGCACUCAAUCAAUGCUGUUUUCCUAAUUGGUGACACAAUUUUGAAUUGCAUGCGGUUCCCUUUGUUCCGAAUUGCAUAUUUUAUUUUAUGGACGGGUGCUUUUGUUAUAUUCCAAUGGAUCAUCCAUGCUUAUGUUAACCUUUGGUGGCCAUAUCCAUUUCUUGACUUGUCAUCCUCAUAUGCUCCCUUAUGGUACUUGGGAAUCGGAGUAAUGCUCAUCCCAUGUUAUGGGAUCUUUGCUUUAAUAGUUAAACUCAAGGACUUCUCUUUGUCAAGAACAUUCCGGGAUUCGUAUAGAAAGUUGAGAUAAAAAAAAAAAGAAAAAAAGAAGAAAAAAGGUAAUGAUGUUGAGAUGGGAGGCUAACAGAGGCCUCUACCACGUGAUAUUAGCACCUAACAGUUAGAUUACUAAAAUCUUACGUCUUCUGGUAUUGAUUGUGGACUAAUUAUUUCUGGAAGACGAAAGCUAAUGAGUCCAUGCUUGUAAGGCAAGUUAUAUCAAAAUAAAUGAUUGCAUGUGUAUAUCAUUUAGAAAUUCACAUGAAAUUAAUAAAAAGAAAUGUCAUUUAGAUUAA